UAGGUAGGGCCUAGACAGUUGAUGCAUAUGUAGGUAGGGCCUAGACAGUUGAUGCAUAUGUAGGUAGGGCCUAGACAGUUGAUGCAUAUGUAGGUAGGGCCUAGACAGUUGAUGCAUAUGUAGGUAGGGCCUAGACAGUUGAUGCAUAUGUAGGUAGGGCCUAGACAGUUGAUACAUAUGUAGGUAGGGCCUAGACAGUUGAUGCAUAUGUAGGUAGGGCCUAGACAGUUGAUGCAUAUGUAGGUAGGGCCUAGACAGUUGAUGCAUAUGUAGGUAGGGCCUAGACAGUUGAUGCAUAUGUAGGUAGGGCCUAGACAGUUGAUGCAUAUGUAGGUAGGGCCUAGACAGUUGAUGCAUAUGUAGGUAGGGCCUAGACAGUUGAUGCAUAUGUAGGUAGGGCCUAGAAAGUUGAUGCAUAUGUAGGUAGGGCCUAGACAGUUGAUGCAUAUGUAGGUAGGGCCUAGACAGUUGAUGCAUAUGUAGGUAGGGCCUAGACAGUUGAUGCAUAUGUAGGUAGGGCCUAGACAGUUGAUGCAUAUGUAGGUAGGGCCUAGACAGUUGAUACAUAUGUAGGUAGGGCCUAGACAGUUGAUACAUAUGUAGGUAGGGCCUAGACAGUUGAUGCAUAUGUAGGUAGGGCCUAGACAGUUGAUGCAUAUGUAGGUAGGGCCUAGACAGUUGAUGCACCUUCAUUUGCCAGAGACAGACAGAGACAGAUAGACAGGGUGGAAGUGGUAGCCUACAUCUCUAAGGGAAGGAGGUAGGGCUGGGGCUUGUGUUCUACAUCUGAAAGUAAAACCACAGCACGGCUGACAUGUUGAAUCUACGGUGAGUACAUCGACAUAAACAACCUUCUUCUUAUGUGUGACUUUCUUUUUUUUUAGGACAAAGCAAAUGCUUUUAACAUACUGUGAUUUUCUGCCAUUUUAAUUAACAUAUUAGUUUGAACUAUUUUGUAGUUCUCUUUGUGUGCUGUCUGUCUGUCACUACUUGUCAAAGUGUUUUGUUCUAUUUCUGUAUCCCCAUUUUGACAGGAAGCUUCAUGAUGCAAUAACAGAUGUAAAACUAAACUCACUCUCUUCCUGUCAGAAAUCAGAAGAGCUUAAUAGGAAAUGAAAUGCUGUCAAACAUGAAAUCAUUACAUGUCUCUUGCAUGCCUGUCUCUUGGUAAAACUGAAAAACUAAAUGCACAAAAAAAAUGCAAUGACAUAUAUAGUUUGAAUGUACCUAUCCUAUUCUACCUAGAAGAUAGAACAAAACUUUGCUGAUUUGUUAGCGGAUUCAUUUUCAGACUCAUCCCUCCCAUCUUUCCCUGAAGGAGAGUUACACUGACGAAGCAAAGCCAGACAUGUUUCCUGGAACGUUACCGGUGCUGAGAGAGGAAGAGGAAGAUGUAGGACAGGAAGAGAUAGAGGGAGAGCCUGGUGGAGAAACUGAAACUGUAUCUGACCAUAUCUCAGUGGAGAUAUAUGAUGACAAAGAGGAGACUCAACAUAUUGUUGAGGAAGAGAUGGGUUCAGGAGAAGAGGAGACUCAACCUAUUGAUGAGGAAGAGAUGGGUUCAGGAGAAGAGGAGACUCAACCUAUUGAUGAGGAAGAGGCAGAGAUGAUGGACUCGGGAGAAGAAGAGGACACAGGAAUAAAGAACCUUGGCUCGCCAGGGGGUUGGUCUGUGGUUGUUCACUACGAUGAAGAAAGCCGGGAUGGUGCACUCCAGGACAUAGAGAAGAUUGUAACCACAGGACAACCUUUUGCCGAACAAGACAGUGAAAACCGUGAAGUCAGAAACGCAGAGCAAGGUGCUUACGAGAACAGUGAUGUGAGGUGUUUUGUGGGUGAAGACGUCACCAUGGAGAUCACAGCAGAUAUAUGUGAAGAAGAGCAAAGACAGACGGAUGAAGAAAACCAAGAGGAAUCAUCUGAUUCAGACCUGGAGGUCCUGACUAGCUCUAUCACCAAAAAACAGAGAAAAGAGGGAAAUAAAGUAGCGAACUUACUCUCCCAGCAGACUGUUCCUCAGGAGAAUGAAGAGGAAGACGAGCAAGAAGAAGAUGGAGCUCCAGAGGUUGUUUAUGAUUGGCCAGAUCCUGCAGCAACACAGAAUGUGCUAGCUCUUAUGGUCAACGCCUUUGUGGAACACCCACUUCAGAAGAAAAUUAAGGAGUUCCAAUUGGACGACCACCAAGAGGCAGAUGAAAGAUUUGCAGAUUACCCCUCUGUCUGCUCUCCGUGUAAAUACAAAAAGGAUGGAGGAAAACUGUCUAGUCCCUUGGAGGGUAUCUGGAAUACAGAGGAGAAAGUAGACGUCAUGGAAGAGGUAACAGCCUCUAUCUCUCCAUGCGUAGAAGGUGCGCAAGAUUUAGCAGAUUGUGCGAUGUUCAAUACCAAUAUUGACACUAGCAUGAGGAAGAGUAUUGGAUACCAUCUUGAACCUCAGAGUGACAGCAAUAGUUCCAGUUCUAGUGAUGAUGAGGAGGAACAACAGAAGUAUAAGGAAGAACACCAAGCGCUGCCAAGAUACCAGGGUCUUCCUCGGAGAGACCGGGGGUCUGAGGAUUCUUCUCUUCAAGUUCAGUGGGGAGGUGGAGAGGAGGACGGCUCCAAGCAGAGCGUUGCUGCCGACCUGCAUCUUUCAGAAACCAUCUCUGAUGUCUCCACUUUUACCCUUCACAGUGAGGCCAGACGCGGUAGAGCAGCUAUAACUAUCUCCAGAGGUACCGGCAACAUGUCACCAUCUGACUCUGAGGAAAGUUUGCCUGGAGCGGUGUGGACAUUGGAGGCUGAACAAAGAGAGAAUAAACGAGAGACUUGGCUUUGGGGUGAGGCUGGGCCAGGUGCUUUAGAAGACGAACAUCUUUGCAAAGUUCAACUGGAACUAGCAGGAAGGUUGAAGAGCCACAUUCACACUGAUAUAAGCUGGGACACAGGGGAAAAUAAUGUGGAACAUGGUGGUUUAAUUCAAGAUUACCAAUAUGACGCGUCUGGAAUCACAGAGAGUGGAGAACUUGCAGACGAAGAGGAUGACGAAGAGGAUAAUAGGAGUUGGGAACAAGAGAAAGAGAGAAUCAAGGCAUUCUACAAGUUUUAUAAUGACGAAGAGGAAGAGGGGGAGAAUGCCACUGGAACAGAAUGUGAUUUUUCAGGGAGGAAGCCUAGAGUUCAGUUCCACAUGGAUCCCCUGCCUCAAGUCAUUGAAUACACAGACAGCAGUAGUGAUGUUGAUUUGGUCGACAACUUAUCUGAUAGAGACGAGGACCUGGAUUCUACAGAAAGGCUUGAAGAGCAGAGUGAGCCUGAGAGACAGAGAAUGAGUUUACCCGAGACUCGGGAGCCACAAGGAGAACUACAAGAUCUCAGCAAAAUGCCUCAGACCCACACCAAGAGAGACCAGUGUCUGAGGGUGCUAAAGUUACUGGUGAAGAUAACCCUGUUGACAGUGAUUGGACUUCUGACAUUUUGGUGGACAAGAUACCAACUGGACUUGGACUGGUGAUUUGGCUAAAAUUGUCUUGCCUAACGACUGUACUGUAUUGUCAAUGUGUCUGAAUAUAAUUAGAACGUAAAAAGUAGCAGUAGUUAAGUUUUUUAAAAAGGCUUACUUGUAAGGCAAAUGCUAUCUCCUUAUAUACUGUAGUUGCUGUCACUUAUUUGUAUCAUGGCAUCAUCUAUAUCAUGUCUUUAUCUGUUUUGAGGAUAAUAAAGGGGUAUGUUUAUAGUCCCAUUCGAC